AGAGAAGACACGACGAUGUGCUCCUACAUGCUCCAGCCUUUCUCCUUCACCCCACUCGUGGACUCGGACUGGCCUGUACGCAGCCUGUGGCCACAGUGCCGACCUCUUCUCUUUCCCCGAGAGAUGCUGCUGAGGAACAUGCGGGAGAUGAGGGGAAGCCUGGACAUCCUGGAGAAACUCCAGCAGCAGAUCCUCGAGGAGUUUGACCACGUCCCGUCCUCGUCUUCGUCCUUGGAGCCUCUCAAGUACCACUUGGAGAAGGAGGGAGAGAGUUUUGCCCUCACCUUGGACACCAAGGACUUCUCCCCAGAGGAGCUGUGUGUGAAGCAGCUGGGCAGGAAGCUGCGGGUGAGCGGGAAGAGCGAGAAGAAGCAGGAGGACGGGAAAGGCUCCUACUGCUACAGAAGGCAGGAGUUCAGACGAGAGUUUGAACUGCCCGAAGACGUGAACCCCGAAGCCGUGAGCUGCUCCUUCGCUGACGGGAGACUCCGCAUCCGGGCACCGAGGGAGGCGCUGCGCGCGGCCGCAGAGAGAGUGCUGCCCAUAGACACGACGAGUCCAGAUGUGUCGAGCGCGCGGAGCCAGAGCUCCCGGGAAAGUGGCAUCAGCACAGAGAACGAGAGCCAACAACAGAACUAGGCUCAGAUCGAACAACUCAACUGAUAUGAAAUGGAUGUUUCCGGAUUGUUUCUUUUUUAAGAUGAUUGUGUCGGGGUAAAAAUCUUCCUGAUAUCAUAUGUAUGCAGACGUACUGAAUGUUAAUGCUUUUCAUAUUCUCAGUGUUUUUUUCUACUUUACAAAAUGCAAUCAAGUGUAAACAAAAUAUUGCCUAAUGAACUACUUUCUGAAAUAAAUCAUUCUGAAUGUA